UAUCUUCAAGCCUCUGCACGUAUUGCUCCAUUGUGGCCGACGUUCAGAGCGAGCGAGUGAGCCAAGCAGUCGUCGGGAAGCCAGAAGGACAGCGAAAAUUCCAAGGGUCGCUGGCGACCGCUCCGACCACGACGCGCGAGCGACGAGACGUGACGUGACGCGACUGCGCGAGCCUUCUUCUUCGAGGGGGGAAAAAAAGCAUUCGGCAGGCAACAGCAGCAACGACGUUGACGGCGGUUGUGGGCGUCGUCCACCAUGACGUCCUGCUGAGUACCCGGAAGUGACACUGUCAAGGGGCGGGGCAAACCGGGACAGAAGAGGAGCCCCUCCCCCCUCGGUGAGAGGAUGCCGGAUGUGGGCGGACUGGGCGCGUGGGCGGGGCUGAUGGCCCUCCUGGCCACGGUGACAUCAGGCGGGGCCGAUGCGGACACCCCGAUCGGCCAACUGGAGGCGUCCAUGAGCUCCACCCUUCUCCGAGAUUUCCGAGAUGCUGACGCUCGCCGCGACUUGCCAGAUGCCUGGGUGCCCGUAGGGCGACUUUUCCGGAUGAAAGUGCUCGCCGAGAUGGAUCGACGGGUGCUGGAGAUGUCCGAGUCCGAAGAGGGCGUCCUUCCGUCUUGGCUGGAUUGGGACGCCCCCAGCGGGACACUACAGGGCCUUCCGCUGGAGGAGGACAAAGGCGUCCACUACAUCUCGCUAGGCGUCUCUGACGAGUCAUCCCCGUGGCGGCGGGACACGUUUUCGGUGGAAGUGGGCCCCCGAGAUACUUCGGAAGUAGAGUUUCCCGGGACGUUGUGCGUCGGCCCGCGGGAUUGGACAUGUGGCCCAGAGGAAUCGGUCACCGUGCUGACGGUCGUCCUGGACGCCGACUUGACCAAGAUGAGCUCCCACCAGAGGGUGGCACUGCUGGACAAGAUGAGUGGCUUCUCGGGGGUGGAGCCCCAGCUCAUGAUGCUCCUCCCUGUGGUCAACAACAGACUCUUCGACAUGUCCGCCUUCAUGGCUGGACCAGGGAACGCAAAGAAGGUGGUGGAGAAUGGCGCACUACUGUCGUGGAAACUGGGCUGCGGACUGGACCCCGGCGGCGUGCCCGACCUGUCUGGCGUCCAGGGUCCAGCCAAGGAGGGCACCAUGUCUGCUAAGCUGGGCUACCCAGUGGUGGGCUGGCACGUGGCCAACAAGAAACCCCAUGUGGCGAAGCGCGUGCGGCGCCAGUUGAACAACGCGCCCACGCCGGUUCUGACGUCGCUUCCGCCGUCCUCGGUGGCAGAGCCGCCUGCCCGCGCCGUCCCGACGCCGUCAUCCCCAUCUGUUGCCGAGCCCCCUCAGAGCUCGGCGGCGCCUGCCCGGGGGCCGGUCCCGCUGCCCGUCAGACCCACCGUUCGAGUCCGAGACUCCGUGGGCCGCACGCCCACUCCGGAACCUCCGAUACCCACUGAGGUGGCGGGGAGCACCGUCUCCGUGGUGCCCACUGCCACCCGGCCCAUCUACGUAGAAGCCACCCCCACACUGACCGCCCCCACGCGAAAACCCACCAAGAAGCCGAAAAGGCCUAAAACAACACCGGCGCCCAGUGAGCCAAAGACCACAGUGGCUGAGCUGCCCCGACGUGCAACCCCUUCACCGGGAAUCUUCCCAGAUCCGUUCAACGAGAAACCAGUUUUGCGCAAUCCUGUCGACCAGGUCAACGCUCUGGUGGGAACGUACUUUGAGGUGAAGAUCCCCUCCGACACAUUCUUCGACAAAGAGGACGGAACCACCGACAAGCUGCGGCUGAGCUUAAGGAAAAACCUGAACGAAGUGGUGGGAGAAUCUUCCUGGAUACAGUUUAACAGCACCAGUCAGCUGCUCUAUGGGCUCCCUGAUGCGCAGCAUGCCGGCAAGCACGAGUACUUUGUGCAAGCCAGCGACAAAGGUGGGCUGACUGCCGUUGACGCCAUCGAAGUGCGCGUCCGGCGCUGGCCCGCCAACGACAAGAACCCCGUGUUGUUUGCCGCCCGGCUGGAGGGAGACCCACGCCGGCUGGCCAACAACGUUCAUGAGAAGAUCCUCCUGGUGCGCAAGCUGGCGGCCGCUCUAGGAGACCGCAACAGCAGCGCCAUCAGCCUGAGGAACAUAAGCGCCGGUUCCAUCCUGUUGGAGUGGAGCAACGGCAGCCUUCCUGACUCGCCGUGCCCCAGGGAGGAGGCGGCCGCCCUCAGCCGGAUGCUGGGUGAUGCCGACGGCCGGCCGACACCGGGCUUCCGCCGCGCUCUAGCGCCCGAAUUCAGACCGCUGGGCGUGACGGCCAAAGGCCGCGCCGCCUGCCGGAGCUACUCCUUCAUCCCACCGGGCGAGACGGAGCUGGUGCCGCCGCCGGCCGUCACGCCAGCCCCAGGCACUGGACGGCGGAGCGCCGACGAAGUCUACCUACACACUGUGGUCCCGGCCGUGGCGGUGGCAGCCGUCCUGCUGCUGGCGGGCGCGGCGGCCAUGAUUUGCUACCGGAAGAAGCGCAAGGGCCAGCUGAGCCUGGAGGACCAGGCCACCUUCAUCAAGAAGGGGGUCCCCAUCAUUUUUGCCGAUGAGCUGGACGACUCCAAGACGGCCCCCUCCUCCGGCGCCCCCCUGGUCCUGCUUGAAGAGAAGCCACCGCUGCCGCCUCCCGAGUACCCAGAGGCGGGCCCGCCCGAGAUGGCGGCGCUCCGAGACGAGGACCCCAACGCACCGCCCUACCAGCCUCCGCCACCCUUUGCUGCACCCCAGGAGGGCAAAGGUUCGCGCCCCAAGAACAUGACCCCCUACCGCUCGCCACCGCCUUACGUGCCUCCCUAAGUGCAGCUGGGGGACGGGUGAUCGGUACCCGGGGAAGGACUACGGCUGUAGCCGGAUGCCAAGUGACCUUCGACCCCACUUUUUAGUUUUUUCCACCUGCAUUUUCCACAUUUUCUAACCCAGGGGUGUCCAAACUACGGCCUGAUGCCAAAUUUUGAUUGGCCCGCAGCAAAUGAUGAAAAUAUCAUUGAAUAUGGCCUGUGGAAGAAGUUUGUGUUCGGCCUACAAUGUUGCACUGCUGGGAUUCAACACUAGAUGGAGCUAAUCACUUAAACAGUGCCUCUCCAUUUACUCGGGGGUCAAACCCUGACAUGUUGAAAUCAACGUAGAAAAGUGAGGAAUUUCAGUACUGUAUUUAGUUUUACAUAAAUUUGUAUAAAAAAUAGUCCAAUGUGUUAAAAUGAGCUAUGUUGGUUAUGAAUUUCUUGACCUUUUUGUCAUCUUAGGACAUUUUCUCUUUGUUCUGCAAAGUUUCAGUCAUGUAUAUACUAGUAUAUAUUCUAAUAUCCUCAUAGUUGUGGAUUAUUUUGUUGCUUGUUAACUCAUUCACUGCCAUUGAGAGUUUUCAACAUCAAAUCAAUUUCAACUAAUUAUGUUGUACUGCCAUUGUCGGCGAUAGAUGCCCAAUCCAAGUUGACUGGAGGGUUGGUAACGAUUGCUGCCAGUCCUCCCAGUCAAAAUGGGUUUACCAUCUACCGCCAUCAAUAGCGGUCAAUGAGUUAUUACUUCAAAAUAAAUAAAUUUUCAUAAUCCAACCUUUCUUAUCUGAUUCCGAUCUUCUGAAAAUGACGUGAUCAGGCCCCAUUUCUCAUCAUAUGAUUGGAUCAGGGACAUCCUAAACAUACAUAUAUAAUUACAUAUACAAAACAUACAUACAUACGAGUGCUAACGUCGUUUAACAAUUGAUUUCAAGUUGCAUCCUUUGAUUUUUCUGGAAGCUGCCCUCAGAGACAAAAGUUUGGACACCCCUGUUCUAACCAAAACGUACGACGCACUACAUACAUCGCCUGCCCACGUGUGAAUAUUCGUUGGCGCGCGUACGCACGUUUGUAUGGACUUUUAGCUGCGUGUGAGAAGUGCUCAGGUUGUCUUGGUAACAGCGUGCCUGUCCAUCUUAGUUUGAGCAAACUCAUGUUUGUCUUUGUUUUCACGUGUGAAGCAAUCAAUGUUUGUUAAAAAAAAAAGAAAAAGACCUUUGUGCUGAAAAACGGCGACAUUGGCAGGUGCUAAAAUGCCGGGGUCGGGCUCGGCAAAUAUUUUUGUAGCAGAAGGGGAGCCUCGGCAUUUUUGCUACAAAUAGGAGGAGAGCGGUCCACGAGCGCCACAAUUGGGAGACUCCUCCAGCUUGGUUUGUCUCUUUUCUUUGGACGACUUUUGCAAUAAUGAUGCUAACCGGCUUCGUUUGCUUUCCACAAGAAAUAAAGAAUAAAAAUAUUUUUGCUACCAAGUGCCGACUCGCCCUCCUUUUUCCAAACUUGCGAUGUAGAAACUAAUGUUGCACUUAUACCGAUACUAGUACUCAGUGCCGUGCAGAGACCGAUGGAGGGGCAGGUGCUCAUUGAUUAAAAGGGGCACAUGAACAAGUAUUUAAUACACCUUACGA